AUGCGGACGAUCGGUUCGUCGGGUGGUACAACAACGCGCCUCAACGUGACGAGAUGCAGCAACCCUUCGAAAACCCAGGCCGAAACCGUCCAAAGUGAUCGUUCACCGUUGCACAAAGAGCCAGCCCGCCAAUGGGCCCUUCUAGCCACGGUGCUCGUGCUCAUCUUCGGUGCCAAGCUCACCCACGAGACGGCGGCCGGUGAGAUCGUGAUCUGUAACUACGAAAAGUUUCACCUGUUCGACAGCAUGUACCGCCCGCGGACGGACAACUUUUGCGUGUUCAACGACGUGUACCUCGGUGCGGACCCGAAGGGGGCCGAUUUUCUUGCCUCCAGCCUCGACUACAAGCGGGUCGCGUUUGCAAACUCCAAGUUCGCGCAGGUACCACCGUCGCUGUUCAAGAACUUCGACGACAUCCGGGAGCUGUACGUGCGCCGGUGCUCGCUCGAGGCGCUUAAGGUGACGCGCCAGCUCGAGCGGGUUUACGCCGGCGGCAAUCGGAUCGCGAGCGUCCAGCUGGAUGGGAACGCGUCGAACAGCUUGCGCGAGCUGUACCUGGACGGGAACCGGCUGCAGGGGUUGGCCAACCUUACGAAUCUGCCCGCGCUGGAGGUGCUGGUGCUCGAGAACAACCCGCUGCUGGGGAACGUGGAUUUGGUGCAGUUCGCGCGCAUGGAGCACCUCUGGAAGCUGGAUCUCGAGCGCAUCGGGAUGGGCCGGUUACGGAACGGGUUGACACGCCCGUUGGCGGAACUCCGGCGGCUUGAUCUUUCGAAUAACGCGCUUACGUACGUGCACGUGCGCAUGUUCCGGACGUUCCCAGCCCUCGAGCACCUUUGGCUGCACGGGAAUCGGUUGUACUUCAUGGAGACGGAUCAGGUGCGUGAGUUUAUGCCCACUGUGCGGGCGAUCGUGAUCGACGAUAACUACUGGGGGUGUGGACAUUUGGGUGCACUUGGGAAGCAUCUCCGACGGGAGGGUAUCGUGAUACGGCAUGGAGAUUGUCGGACGGGGCGGGCCGAGUUCCGGGUGUGUUGUUCCGAGGAGACGGACUUGGUUGACACGCGGUACCUCAUCGAGAUGGACAUCCGGCGGGAGGUUCGGUUUGAGCGGGACGUGCACGAGCUGCGAGCGGAGAAUGAUUUUUUGCGGCAGGAUGUCGAGCGUUUGCGUGGCCAGUUGCAGGAGUUGAUGGUUAAUCUGACGGCGGGUGAUCGAGUGGGACCACAGGAGCCCACUAGCAGGGAGCAGGAUAGCUCGGAAAGACCUUCCGCUUCCUUCGAGGAGUACACCGAUGGGACGUAG